AUGUGUAAGUUACACGUUAUAUACAUUGCUUUUGUCAUCACAAGCAUUUAUCCAGAAAUAGCAUUUGCAGUUAAUGAUGAGCCAGAACUCUCUACGACUCCAUCAGGUGUUAAAAAAAACAAUAAUCCAGAAGAUAUAAAAGCUGCUCCAAUUGAAGGUAACUUAAAAUUAUCUAAAACCAAAAGCAAAACGCAAAAGAAAACAGUAGAUGCAAAGAAAUUUAAAACUAUUAAAUUAACUAUUCUUAAGGGUGACCAUGAUAUAAAACCGUACUCUAGUACCCCUAGAUUAAUUACCAGAAGGGAUUUUAAAAAGUAUGGCUACGUGCCUAUUAGUGAAGACCUAUUAGCGAAGACCAAAUUCUUGCCCAAUCAUCACAUUGUCAGAAAGAAUUUAGACAACAGCGGAUUACCUCUUUUAGAAGACAAGUUCAAAUCUUUACAAAUGCUAUUGUAA